AUGGAGAGCAGCAACAAUGGCGCCUUGAGGCGCAAAGAUACUACGAAAGGUCCUCCUCUAAGGAUCCUUUCUCUAGACGGAGGUGGCGUGCGAGGCUAUUCCAUGUUCAUAAUCAUCCAAGAGCUCAUGCACAGAACAUAUGUCGAGAUUGAAGGAAAAGCGCCCAAACGAGACCAGAUACCAAAGCCAUGCGACCACUUUGACCUCAUCGUUGGAACGGGAACGGGCGGUUUGAUAGCGAUCAUGUUGGGAAGGCUGCGACUAGAUUUGGAAACCUGCAAAGAGGUGUACGUGCGGAUGACGAGGAAAGUUUUCGAAACCGAUAAAACGAUUGCUGGCAUACCAUACCGAUCAACGUUGUUCAAGGCAUCGAAGCUAGAGGAGGCCAUCAAGGAGUGCGUACGGGAGCAUAGCAUUUUUGAGAAUGAGGGCAAUGAUGGCGACGAGCCAGAGGGCGCCCGUAACACGCCGGUAAAUCCGAUGAGCAGAACGCCUCAGCGGCAUACCAGCAAUGCCAGUGUGACGAGCUUCAGCGCGAGGAGUCCUUCCAGCUACCAGAGUCGGCCUUACAUGACAGCGAGAUGGGGAAACCCGAACGCUUUGUUAUACGAUAAUAGAGAGACCAGAACCAAGACUAGUGCUGUUACUGCGGUCUACAAAGGAACAGCGAAAGGUGGUCAGCCUGCUGUACUACGAUCCUACGAUUCUCGAAAAGAACCUUCUCCAGAAUUUGAUUGCAAGAUCUGGGAGGCUGGACGUGCGACAUCAGCAAUUGGAUUGGCAUUCAAGCCUGUUCAAGUUGGACAAUCAGUAUUCAUCGAUGAAGGAGCUGGCAAAUUCAAUCCUACACCAGUAGCAUUGGACGAGGCCUGCGUCAACGAGUGGCCUGGCCGUGAUGUCGGUGUGAUUGUAAGCAUAGGGACUGGUAAACGGCCAUCUGGCAACGACCAAAAUUCACAUCUUUGGUACGAAGGGUUUUUGGGCGACUUUGCAGAGGCCAGGAGACGGUUGAUAUCUAAGAUUGAGGGAUGUGAAGAGACACAUCAGUACGUCAAGAAUGAAAUGCUCACCAAACGAGGGGUCAAUAUCGAAAAUUACUACCGCUUCAACGUUGAAAUUGGGGUUGGAGAAUUCGGAAUGAAUGAGUGGAACCGACUUGCAGAUGUCAGUACGAAUACGAGGAGGUAUCUCGGGAAAGGGGAUAUCCAGAACAUGACAUCGACUGCAGCAGUAAAGAUGGCCAAGAUACACAGAGCGAAAGCCAGGGCUGAAGGUACCGGGGAGGGCUCGAGUCGGCAUGAGGGUGGGAACUACAAAAGUUUACCUGAUGUUCCAGAGGCCUAUCCAGGAGCAAUUGAACUUCCAGCUGAGAUGCCCUUCACUCAGCCUCAGAGAAGUCCGCCCCCACGGCCCUCAUACGAGUCCGGCCAUCACGACACCUUGGCGGUUCCAGGACAGCAGAAAACACCCUCACCUCGCUCCUCCUCGGAAAGCCACGCACGAUAUCAAUCACCCAAAACAUCAUCGCCCAGACUCUCAGCAGAUAUGACUGACAAGUUCAUGGUGCAUAGUCCUACACCUAGCGAGUACAUGACUUCGGCAGGUGCCGACAAGAUCGCCAUCAUGAGCGCAGACGAAGCACCAAAACCACCAGUCGUCAAACAACUCCAGAAUCAAGGCAGAGUAGAGCCUCCGCCUCUGCCACCGAAGACCCCUAUACCGGGAGACUCCGGAUUACCAAUGGGGAGAAAUAGACCGAGUGUUCCGUACCCUUUGGAGGAUGGGCCACCGCCUGUGGUCAACAUGGCCAGGAAACCCGAAUACAAGGGGAGGUAG